AUGGCCGUAAGUGACAAGAAAUUUAAUGAAAUGAUGACUCGUAAUAAGAUGCUUGAAAACCAAAUUUCUCAACUUGCCAAUGCUUUAAAAGACCAUGCUAGUCCUUCUUCUUUACCUUCCCAAGGCCUAGAUUCCAAGAGACCCAUGAAUGCUAUUGUUAGAAGGAGUGGUAAGGUUCUUAAGGAGAGUUUGCCUAAGAAGAGUGAAACUAAGGAAGUUCCCAAAGAGGUCUUGGUAGAGGAUGAGAGAGAUGGUGCAUUUUUGAGUGACGUUGUGAUUGAGACACCUAGAGAGGUGAUAGUAGAGAAAGAAAUUGUGAAACCCAAGCUUCAAUAUCCACCAAAGUUCAUGAGACACAAGCUAGAUGAACAAUUUGGAAUAUUUAUUGACAUGCGUAAGCAACUUCACCUUUCUUUACCAUUUACCGAAGUUGUCACCCAAAUGCCCAACUAUGCAAAAUUCCUCAAAGACAUUUUGAGUGGUAGGAGGACUUGUGAUGUUGUGGAGACGGUCAACUUGACCGAGAAUUGUAGUGCAAUUAUAAUGAACAAGAUGCCACCCAAGUUGAAAGAUCCCGAAAACUUCUCUAUCCCUUGUACCAUUAACAAGAUGCAAAUUGAUAAUGCCUUAUGUGACUUAGGAGCUAGUUUUAGCCUAAUGUCAUACUCGGUUUAUCAAAGACUUGAGUUAGGGGAACUUUUGCCUUCCAACAUUACCUUGCAAUUAGCCUAUAGGUCAAUCAAAUUUACAAAGGGUAAGGUGGAGGAUGUUCCUUUGAGGCUAGGGAAGUUUGUGAUUCUGGUGGAUUUUGUGUUUCUUGAAAUGAAUGAAGAUGCUACACCUUUUCCUGCUACCUCGGGUGCUAUGAUUGGUGUCAAGAGUGCGAAAAUUUCCCUUAAGGUAGGAGAUGAGGUCAUUGAAUUUGACUUGAAUAAAAGCAUGAAGUACCCAUAUUCUUAUUUAGAAAAUUGCAUGUUGAUUGAUUCUCUUGAUCAUGUUGUGUCUUCUAUGCAUGAGCACUUGCUCACUUCUAAUGAUCCUCUUGAGAAUGUCUUGUUGAAUAAGGAUACAAUAGGUGCUCCUAUCAAGGAAAUGGUAAUGUAUGAGGAUUUUCUAAAUGGAAGCAUCUAG